AUGGCUGACGUUCUCGAUGCCACAGAACCCUGUGUUCUGGGCAAGCUCAUCUACCAUCGCGGCCCCCGCACCGUCGUAGAGCACACUAGAUCAGACGGUCAGACGGUCGUCGUCAAGUUUGCCAGACAGGACCCGAGAGCAGCCAUCCAACGCUCCGAGGCGACCAUGCAACAGUUCGCGGCCACCCACGGCAUCCUCACCCCCAAAGUCCUCCGAGUCUACGACAUCAUGGGAGAGGCCGGCCCCAUCGGCCGGGCCAUUGUGAUGGAGAAGGCCCCUGGUGUGCCCCUCGUCCAGGUCUGGCGCGAACUCCCCCGCGAGCUCCAAGAGUCGAUCAAGAACCAGCUGCGCGGGCAGCUCGCCCUCAUGCGACUCCUCACCAUGCCCUACAUCGGACGCGUCGGAUACCAGCCCACGUGGAACGUCUUUAACGGCCGGCAAACCUACGCCCUCGGCCCGUUCCCGGAUCGGCAGUCGUUCGACGAGUGGUGCCUGCGUCGCAUCCGGCAGAAGCCCGACCGGAGCCACACGUUAGCCAAAUGGAGGCUUAGGAGGCAUGUGAAGAAGGAUCGGGCACGGUCAGCUGAAGGCCGGUUUGUUCUGACGCACGGCGAUCUGUCUCCUCGAAACAUUAUGGUGGAGGAUGGAAUGAUCACUGGUAUUAUCGACUGGCAGUUUAGCGGCUUCUUCCCCGAAUGGGUUGAGCAUGCAAACGCCACGGUCAUCGCUGCGGGCAUUGAAAAGUGGUGGAUUCCAGUCUUGAGGGAGGUGGUGCCCCAGUGUACCAAGGGCAUGUCCAAGCUGGCGUUUGAGAUCGAGGAACAACCGGGCUGCUCAUACGGAGAUGAGAAACACUUUGCUUUCGAUGACUGA